GCUCGCUCGCGGAAGAGCAAAGCGGAAGAUUUCUCAUGGGUGAGUUCGGCGACGGCAGGGGCUUCACGGCAUCGCCGGACGUGGAGAGAUUCCUCUGCGACCGCUUGCUCGACUCGAGCCAGCCGAUCUCGGAGCGAUUCAGGGCCCUCUUCUCUCUCCGCAACCUCAAAGGCCCUGCCCCUCGCACUGCCCUCAUCCAAGCAACUAGGGAUCCGUCAAAUUUGUUGGCACAUGAAGCUGCAUUUGCAUUGGGACAGAUGCAAGAUGUGGAUGCAAUCCCUGCUUUAGAGGCUGUUCUCAAUGAUCUUUCUUUGCAUCCUAUCGUCCGCCACGAGGCAGCAGAAGCUCUUGGUGCAAUCGGCUUGGAGAGUAAUGUUCCUAUCCUGGAACAUAGUUUGGCUCAUGAUCCAGCUCAAGAGGUUCGAGAAACAUGUGAAUUGGCUCUUAGCCGAAUCAAACAACUGAAAGCUGCCAAUGAUUCUUCUUCUAUGACUGAGAGAUCACCAUUUAUGUCGGUUGACCCUGCUCCACCUGCUUCAUCUUGUUCAUCUGUUGGUCAUCUCAGGGAAGUUCUUCUGGAUGAAGAAAGAGGCAUGUAUGACCGUUAUGCAGCCCUUUUUGCUCUUAGGAAUCAUGGUGGAGAUGAAGCCAUUAAGGCUAUAAUUGAUUCUUUGGGUGCAAAUAGUGCUCUUCUCCGUCACGAGGUUGCUUACGUUUUGGGCCAGUUGCAAGAUAAAGCUGCAUCAGCUGAACUCUCAAACAUUCUUAGAAAAACAAAUGAGCAUCCGAUGGUUAGACAUGAAGCUGCUGAGGCCCUUGGAUCAAUUGCAGAUGACCAAAGCAUGGCACUCCUUGAGGAAUUUUCCGAGGACCCCGAGCCUAUAGUUUCUCAAAGUUGUGAAGUUGCUCUCAGCAUGCUUGAAUAUGAAAGAUCAGGAAAAUCCUUUGAGUAUCUGUAUAUGCAAGCUCCUCAGGUGCAGUGAAGCAUGCGCUGGGCUGAAUUAUCAUCGGUGUGGACUCCAUAAUCUCAUAGUUAGUAUGAUACCUGGGUGAAGGUAAUUUAUUCAAUAUGACCAAGCAUAGAGUUGAGGGAGGAUUGCACGGUAUAGUACAUCUGAGAAUUUUGAGUUUUGAACUGAAUCUGACGGAUUUAUAAAAUACGUAACCAUGUCAUAACUGUUUGAGGAAAA